GCAUUUGCUCUCCUUAACCCUUGGAGCUCCUACGGAGGUGAAAAGGCUGCAGGAGAGACUUGCAGGGGAGGGAUCCAGGCGUGGUGGGGGGUGGGGUGGGCUCUUCCCAUGCAAAGAGAGGCUGAGAAGGGAGAGAGAUACAUGCCCAGCCCUCUUCCGAAUUCAAUCCUGGAUCGAGUGCAUGAUGGAGGAAACCACGAGGUUCUCAAAAAUUCAAGCCUGGAACUUCAGGAGCCUCCGAUACCAGGAAGCUGAGGGUCCCCGAGGACUUUGCAGCCAACUCCACAACUUUUGUAGGCGAUGGCUGAGUCCAGAAAAGCACACCAAAGCCCAGAUGCUGGACCUGGUUGUUCUGGAGCAGCUCCUGUUCCUUCUACCCCCAGAGAUGGAGAGUUGGGUGCGGGAAUGUGGAGCAGAGACCAGCUCCCAGGCAGUGGUCCUGGCGGAAGGCUUCCUCCUGAGCCAGGCGGAGGAGCAGAAGGAGCAGGUUGAGUUGGAGUGCUGCACUGUGGAGAUGAGAGAUCCAGAGGGAAAGAAGAACCCAUCAAAUCCCCCUCAGGAGCUACUUUUCAAGAGGUUGCCUUGGGAAGAUCCAAGUCGGGACACCUCAGGAGAGAAACAAAGAAUGAAGUUUUCUGGUU